AUGGCCGCAACGGCUGCUUUCCGUCGUUCAUCCGAUUACGGAUCAGCAGAUACGGACUGUGAAACGUUGCCGCCCUCAGACACUGAAGGCGGCGGUCCAGCACCACUAGCUGAAGAAAUUCUCGCAAAAAUGGAACAACUAAAUAGGUCUAAUGAGGAAGAUAGUCGUAGUGUAGCUUCUAAGAAGAGCGGGUCCUCCGGCUCCCCAAAAGCUCGAGAUACUUCUCCAACUGAAGAUGAAGAAGAAGAUUUAUGGACAGUUUGGGGGGAAUUAAUACGAAAUUGGGAAUAUGAAGUGAAGAAGCGUCCCCAAUACAUUAAGUCUUUGGUCAAAAGGGGUAUUCCCCAACAUUUCCGGACAAUAGCUUGGCAGCUGCUGUCUAAUGCUUCUGUAUCUACAAUUCACGAAGUGUAUUCUGAUUAUAUGAGACAAACUUCUGUAUAUGAAAAAGCUAUUCAACGAGAUAUACCUCGAACUUAUCCUGAAUUAGAGUUCUUCAAAGACGGAGGUCGAGGCCAAUCGGCUCUCUUCAAUGUUAUUAAAGCUUAUUCUCUUCAUGACAAAGAGGUUGGAUAUUGUCAAGGAAGUGCGUUUAUAGUCGGCUUACUGUUAAUGCAAAUGCCGGAAGAAGAAGCAUUCGCUGUUCUGGUUCGCCUUAUGGAGAACUAUCGCUUACGUGAAUUAUACAAACCAACUAUGACUGAUUUGGGAUUAUGUAUGUUCCAAUUAGAAUGUUUAGUUCAAGAACAGAUGCCUGAUUUAUAUACUCAUUUCAACAACAUGGGAUUUGAUACUUCAAUGUAUGCUUCAUCCUGGUUUCUAACUUUAUUCACAACAACCUUGCCUCUGGAAAUAGCCAAUAGAAUAAUGGAUUCUUUCCUUGUUGAAGGAAUGGAUUUCGUCUUCUGUAUUGCCAUGUCUAUUUUACAACAAGCCCGUAUAGAUUUACUGAGAUUAGAUAUGGAAGGAAUGCUUAAAUAUUUUCAACGUGAAAUUCGGGAACGUUAUGAGAACGAUGCUGAUUUGCUUUUCACAGUCGCUCAUCAGGUUCAGCUUAACCCGAAAAAAAUGAAAAAAUUGGAAAAGGACUAUCUGGCUAAGAGAACGAAAGAACAAGAGGAAGCUGUUGAGCUGCGGAGAUUACGAACCGAAAACCGACUUCUUCGUCAACGAAUUGAUUAUUUGGAAGCGGAAUCAGCAGCUUUGGCAGACAGGCUUGUCAAAGGGCAAGUUAAUUUGGCACAAGAAGCUGAAAACUGUAUAAACAUCGCACAUGAGUUAUCUAAACUGAGAGAUAUUAACACGGAUGCUCAUAGAAAGUUAGAAGAUGCUUAUGAAACAAUCAGGGAAUUGUCGUGCUCUCGUAGAGGCAAUUUGGUUGACAAAGAAGCUCAAGUAGAUGACACCUCUAUGAUAGAACAUAUCCAUUCACUUCAACAAGAGAUUAUUGAAGGGCACACACGUCAAGCAGAUAAUGAGAACAUUAUUCGAGAUUGUAAAAACCGAGUAUCUGAGCUUGAAUUGGCUAAUAAGCGCUUGAGGGAACAUGAACCUUCAGAGGAUGUUGCCAGUUUGCAAGAAGAACUCAUUUCCGCAAAAAUGAGAGAAGCAGAGAGUUUAUUGGCCUUGAAAGAAAUGCGACAGAGGCUAGCUGACUUAGAACAACAUUGGGCGAAAUAUGUGCACACAAGAGCUUUUGACCCGACUACUGCUGCUAUAGAAAAAGACUCUACUUCUCAAGAGCCUCAAACUCCAUCCAAUCCAAGUCCACCAUUGACUUCUGCAAGAGCAAGAUUAGCCAAGAUCACAGCUUCUUUUAUGGGAUCAGUUAGUGAAGAUGACGGAAUUACAGUGAAAGAAUUGGAAGAUCAGCUCAUGGGUGUGCGGAUUAAGGAGGCUGAUACUUUAGCUGAGUUGAAGGAAAUGCGUCAAAAAGUUAUGGAACUUGAGACACAGAAUCACGUUUGCACGAAUCAGUUGAAGCGCCAGGAUGAAGAAGUAAAAAGGAUUCGAGAAGAUUUAACACUAUCACAGAAAAGCUCCAAAGAGCUGGAAGCAACUAUUCGAUCUGAAAAGCAAAAGUGUAUUGAAAAAGAAUCUGAAAUGAACGAACAGCGGAUGAUGGAGAGAUUGAAGUACUCUGAAGCCAUGCAAACUAUUCAAGAAUUGCGACAAAACAUAACGCAGUUGGAAAUGAAGAAGGCUGAAAAAUGGACUCAGAAUCAAUUGCGAGGAAGCUCAAUAUGUGAUAUUGAUGAUGAUUCCAACUCCCAUGCAUCCAUGUGUUCCAAUGGUGAUGCAUUAUCCUUAGCAUCGGAAGACAUGAACGCUUUGAUAGCUGAUAUGACGGUUAGAGUUCCAGCUCUGCAUGGCUUGGCAGAAGAAGAAUCAAACACUGAAAUAGAGGAUCGACCUUUGGAAAAAAAUGAUGGAAAUGACACGACGGAUUCGGGUCUCCACCUAUCGGAUAGUCAAUAG